AUGGAAGACGACCUUGUUCAAAAUGUUUUUACUUAUUUAAGUAAAAAGCAAUACCCUGAUAGCAAAGUUGUAACGCAUGUUCAGGUUGUUGAGUUUCAAAAGCGUGGUUUGCCGCAUGCCCACAUUUUACUUCAUUUAGCAAAUGAUGAUAAACUUGAAACAUCACAGGAUAUCGAUAAUUUGAUUUGUGCAGAAAUUCCAGAUCCGAUAGUUAAUUGUGAACUUUAUGAUAUUAUCAAAAUUUGCAUGAUUCACGGCCCAUGUGGGAUACUGAAUCCAAAUUCUCCCUGCAUGAAAGAUGGGGUGUGCAGCAAAAAUUAUCCUAAAGAUUUUAAUGCCAACACAGUAGCUGUUCACAAUGGUUAUCCGCGCUAUAGGCGUCGUGAUAAUGGGUUGGUUAUCAAUAUUAAAGGCAACAAUGUAGAUAACCAAGCCCACAUUAAUGUUGAAGCUUGCAUGUCUGUAAAGGCUGUUAAAUAUUUGUAUAAAUACAUAUACAAAGGGCAUGAUUGUGCGAAUGUUUUGAUAAAUGAACAGGUUAAUCACGAUGAAAUAAACACUUUCUUAGAUUGUCGUUAUGUUAGUGCACCUGAGGCACUGUGGCGAAUAUUUGAGUAUCCCAUAAGUCAUAUGUCACACUCUAUUAUCCGUCUUAAGGUUCAUCUUCCUGAGAAUCAGAUUGUGUAUUUUAGAGAAGGAGAAGAUCAAGUGGCUUUAGAUCGUGCUGCUCAUCGUGGUACACACCUUACGUCCUGGUUUAAAUUGAAUUCUAAAAAUGAAGGAGCCAAUCACUACUCAUAUGUUGACAUUCCAUAUCACUUUGUAUUUGAUGAUAAACAUUGUAAAUGGAAGGUUAGACAAAGAGGUGGAAAUAAGGUGAUAGUAAGAAUGUAUAAAGUUAGUCCAACAGGAGAAUUAUUUUUUCUUAGAUUGUUACUUUUACAAGCAAAAGGAGCAAAAUCUUGGGAGGAUUUGCGUACUGUUAUUGGAAUAGUUCUUGAAACCUUUCGUGAAGCGUGUGUUUUUAAUGGUUUGUUGCAAGAUGACACUGAAUGGCAGAAUACUCUUUCUGAGGCAGUUUUAACGCGAAUGCCUAAGCAAAUCAGGCAGCUGUUUUCAAUUAUUUUAACCUUUUGUGAACCUGAUGACCCUUUGCAUCAUUGGAAUUCAUACAAAGCUUUUAUGAUGGAAGAUUUCAUUCAUCGCCAAAUUAUUAAUCAAAGUGGUAAAACGCUAUCUGAUUAUAAUUUGCCUGUUGUUGAUGAAUUCAUAGAUUUUAAUCUAGAAAAUUUAAAUGAUAAUGUUCAGCAAUCAAUUGACGAAGCUAAUAGAAUGAGACCGCUUCUUAAUGUCAAUCAAUUAAAUGUAAGUAACGCUGUCCUUGCUGCAUUGAACGAGCAACCAUGUGUAGAAAAUCAACAUUCCAGAUUGUUUUUUAUGGAUGGACCAGCCGGUAGUGGCAAAACUUUUACAUAUAAUUAUUUGAUUGCUGAAAUGAGCAGUAGGGGUGUUAAAUCUGCUACAGCUGCAUGGACUGGCAUAGCAGCAACUCUUCUUACAAAUGGAUCUACGCUGCACGGGUUAUUUAAACUUCCUGUCCCAAUACUGGAUAACAGCACAUGUAAUGUGACUCCUAACUCUAUUCAGGGACAUUUUUUAAGGCAAGUUAGUUUGUUUAUGCUUGACGAGACAUCCAAACACGCUUUAAAUGCAAUCGAUCGGUUGUUAAAAGAUGUUUGCAACAACAACUUUCCAUUUGGAGAAAAAGUCAUUUGUUUUGGUGGUGAUUUUAGGCAAAUUUUGCCUGUUGAGAAAAGAGGGAGACCAGCUGAAGUUGUAGAAUCAUGUAUAAAAUGUUCUUUACAGUGGCAAUGGGUGCAGAAGUUUACAUUAACUGAAAAUAUGAGAGUACGUGAUGGAGAAGGAGAUUUUUCCGAAUGGCUGUUAAAACUUGGUAGUGGAACAAUAAAUGGCAAGGAGGAAGAUCCUUUUAAGGGAUGUAUUAAAAUACCUCAACAGUGCAUUAUUAGAGAAAACGAAUCAAUUGUUGAAAAAAUAUUUGGAGAUGCUCAACAAGAUGAUUAUGCUAAACGUGUCAUUUUAACACCCACUAAUGUGGAUUCAUUGUCAAUCAAUAAAGAAGUGUUUGAACGUCUACAUGGAGAGGUCAAAACUUAUUUAAGUGCUGAUCAAAUAGACACUGACGAUCUUAAUGAAAUAAAUAAUUUCCCUGUUGAGUUUUUGAACAGCUUAACUCCUUCAGGUAUGCCUAUUCAUUGUUUAAAAUUGAAAAUUGGUUGUGUAAUUAUGCUACUUAGAAAUUUAGAUCUUAAAGCUGGGCUAUGUAAUGGAACCCGAAUGAAAGUUUGUGCUCUCCAAAACAAUUAUAUUGAUGCAGAGAUUUUGACAGGUGUUUCUGAAGGUAAACGGGUAUUUGUUUCUCGAAUUCAGUUGGCUCCAUCAGAUUCUAAUUUACCUUUUGUUCUAAAACGUCGUCAGUUUCCUGUCAGAUUAGCUUAUUCGAUGACAAUCAAUAAAAGUCAAGGUCAAACAUUUGAUAGAGUUGGGGUAUAUCUAAAAAAACCGUCCAGAGAUGAUAGCUACAUGUAUCACUGCAUGCUUUAUACUGCACAAUCUGCAAAAACUUUAAACGAUCCAGAUUUUGAGGAUGAAGAUGUCGAAGAAGAUGACGAAGAAAUUGUUCCUGUAAUUGAACAGCAACUUCGUUUUCUUGGUCAGCAGCGUAGAAAUGAAAUUGCUUUGGCAAUAUUAAAUUAA